AUCCGGGCUCCGUCGAAAAGCCAGUUCAGUAGCCGAAAGGUACCAAGAUGGCGGAGGCUUCCUUGGGAAGUACAAGCCCAGUUGGCUCUUUGUCAUCGGAAGAUCACGAUUUUGACCCGACGGCAGAAAUGUUGGUGCACGAUUUCGAUGAUGAGCGUACGUUAGAGGAAGAGGAGAUGAGGGAAGGCGAGUCAAGCCGGAGCUCGGAGAUCGAUGAUCUGGAGAAGGAGGGGAGCAUGCCGCUGGAAGAGCUGCUAGCGUUGUACAGAUAUGAAGCUGCAGACAGCGCUGUCGAAGGGUCCAGCGUGGACAGUUCAUCUGUAGAGCUGACCGAUGAGCUGCCCGACAUGACGUUAGAUAAAGAGGAAAUCGCUAAAGAUCUGCUCUCUGGAGACGAUGAAGAAACACAAUCCUCUGCCGAUGACCUCACACCGUCUGUGACAUCACACGAAACCAAUGAUUUCUUCCCCAGGACUCUUCGCUCGAAUGUGGUUUACGAUGGAGACAAAGAAUCUGAGGGUGAGGAUGAUGGUUUGAGUCCUGAAGACUCUCGUAAGGAGAUCAUGGUGGGAUCUGAAUAUCAGGCAGAAAUUCCUCCUCUCACAUGUUAUAGUGAUCAUGAAAAUGUGUAUGCAGAGGAAGAUCAGCUGCUUUGGCAGCCGGAUAUCUUACCCGAGCCGAAAGUCAAAAGCUUCUUGCAGGACGCUCUGAGUGGGGAUGGAAAGAUGGACGGAGAUGCCAGAUGUUCUCUGGUCAAAGACAACGAGCAGGCUUUAUAUGAGCUUUUAAAAUGCAACUAUAACAUCCGGGAAGCUCUUGAACGGUAUCGCAGCAACCUCAAAUCCUCGAAGGACGAGAUGCUCCCGUGGUCUGAAGAAGAGUGUAGGAAUUUUGAACACGCUCUUCUGUUGUACGAGAAGAACUUCCACCUCAUCCAGAAACACAAAGUGAACACACGAACAGUGGCAGAAUGUGUUGCGUUUUACUACAUGUGGAAGAAGUCCGAGCGAUUCGAAUUUUUCGUCCAGCAAAACCGAUUCGGGAAGAAGAAGUUCAACAGUUAUCCUGGCGUCACGGAUCUGAUGGACCGGUUGGUGGAUGAGGCCGAGGGUUUGGUGGAUGGAUCUGCAUCUGUGUGCUCCAGCGGCAGGAUCGAGUCUGCAACCGAACAACAGCUCAACCUGCUCAACUCCAUCACAGCCAGUGACCUCUCCGCGCUGACAAGCACAGUGGCGUCGGUGUGUAACCCCGCAGACGUCAGCUGUCUGGACUCCUACAGCUUCUCCUCGCUGGACGGCCUUCACCGCGGUCCCCUGAGCCACGAAGAGCCACUCAACUACUCCAGCGACGGAGACGGAGACUGCCUCAACCUGAUGGAGACGGGCUUCUACCACUCGGAGCUUGGGCAGAUCAGUGUGUGCGGCGAGGACUGCGAGCGGCCCCCGGCCAAGCGGAUGAAAAUGGGCCUGUCGGAGCCCUUCAUAAAUGACAGCAGGAGCCUGGCCGUGGAUUUCGAGGGCCGCACGCACCACAUCACAAGUGCCAAAAUGGCGGUAUCGGUCAGUGACUUCGGCGAGGCGGGCAGCUUCAUGGGAGCACACACACUACAUCAGCACACACCGCUGCAGUCGGAGUAACACGAGUGUGACGACGCUCACGGGACUAGCUGCAAUCCAACAUGUACAUAGGCGCAUAUUCCUUCAAAUAUUUGCUUUAUUUUGGUUUCUGAUUAUAUAUGUGUGGGUGUAUAUAUGUACAGAAUCUUUUCUUCGUUUACUAUGACAUCAGUGAUGUCUAAUUGUACAGACCUAAAUCUUGAUUUCUCAAGAGCUAAUACAGCCAUUUAUUUUCCAGUCUUGAAUUCUUCGGAAGUGUCAUAAACGUGUCCGGAUACUGUGGAAAACUUGCAUACUUUGAGCCGAGGGCCAUGUCGAUUGGCUGUCAGCUCAGCCUCUCCUCUGUGGUUCCCAUCAGUGUUUACAGGCGCCUCGGCUCAGCCUUCGUCUGAACCGCAUUUACGACCACUUCUACGUUUCGUAACGCACCAUUUUGAGCACAAGAACCCGGAAGAAGUUGACAAACUGCAAAAACAAACCUGCGAACAAUUGAAAGUGGUUCAUGCUAAUUUAUAUAUAUAUAGGCUCUAAAUACAAGAGGUAUUAUGACGCGUGUGAUUUUUAAAAUGUUUUUUUUUCUACUUCUACGCAUAUUUAUUUAGCAGUCGGUGUUUGGCUUAUUUAUUGCAAAUAUAGACCACUGGACUGCAUCAUGCUUGUUUUUGUUUUCCGAAAUGGUUUGUCUGUUGUUAUUUUUUGUGUGUGUUUCGAUAUUUGGAGAUCACUAUUUAUUGAAAAACCAUUUUGCAGGGAUUUCUGGCCAUGGGAGCAGAAGCGGCCCGCAGUUUUACCCCUCUGUUCCCUUCAGUGACUGAUUAUGCAACGUAGUAAAUGAUUUUUCUGGCACGGUGUUCGUUUGCUGCAAUCACUGACAUGACGUUCAUCUAUGCAUCGAGAGUCGCUUACGGAUGAAACGGAUCAUUUCGGACCUCGUUUGCUCAUAUUUUUUUUUUCAGCUUUUCAGAGUUUUACUUUACACUCUCUCGUAUGGCAAUAAUUUGUAAAUAUGUAGAUACCUGAACAUACCUUCCUGUUUUUUUUCUUCCUCGGCAAACAGACUUGAACAUGAAGAUUUGCUUUUGAGUCUGCGUAUGCCACAAGAAUGCCUUCUCGACUUCCUUUACUGUCCGUUCGACGCUUUUCCUCAUAAGAGAUUUACUUAAGAAGAGUUUAUUUAUUUAUUUAUUCACUCAGCUGCAAGUGAGUGUAGUGUGUUAGCAGGACGAAGAGCUUCACAGGAAGUAGCGGAGAUAGCUGAAUGUACAGUAUUUUCACAUCUUAGGGAUUUACUGAACUCGAAUGUCUCUUGGUUAAGACAGAAGCCCGGUUUGUAGUGUUGCCCUCAUUGAAUCCACCUGGAAAACGCUUUGGGAGGCGAUCUGUUGGACGGCUCUGUAAAAUCAUGUUUUUCCUCGUACCUGCAGCCAGAAUCCUUCUUAUUUUAGAUUUUAUUUUUCUGUCUUGACAUACUUGAAGGAUGUGUAUUGAUCGAUUUAAAUACAAUAUUCUCCAAUUCAGUCCUGUAGGUUGUGCAAUUCAUUCCUGAAUUGAAAAGAGCUUUAGGAAAUUGUGUUGGUGAAGUAAUUUGUCCAAAGUUUGUAUAUAUAUAUAAAAAAAAAAGUUAAUGGCUUAAAAUUGAAAUUGUUAUGUUGUGAUGGUUGUCUGCUUCCAGGGACAAAAUGUACAUUGAAAAACCUUCCCUUAACUUAUAAUGUUUUAUGCUUUUUCAUAUUCAGUUGGCUUUCAUUCUCUUUUCAUGCUUUUUGGAGGGGGAGAGUUACUAGGUAAAUUUUGAUGUAAUUAAAAUUGUGUUAAAUAGACAAUCAAAUGGCGAUUAAUAUUGGAAAAGGAAAUUAUCAUUCUUAAUGUUUGUACAUAGACACCGUUCUUGUUUCGUUUGUUUUAUUUUGUAUUUUAUGUUGUACUUAACUGGUAAACCGUUCCAGAAAUAAAGUUCUGGAGAUAUUAUAAACGUGUUAAAUGAGUUUAUCCAUAUACUCGAUUACAUUUGAUGCCUCUGGAUCUUUAUUUGCCAUAAUAAUGCAUCACAAGAUUGUCCUUAUUGUUUUUUGUUGUAAUUUGAUUUAGCUUCCUCUAAUGCUUUUACAAAUGUCUGAUAUCAAAUGUUAAUUUUAUGGAAAGAGGAACAGAUAAGUAAACACAUCAGGAAAACUUUAGUUUAGUCAGAUUUUAUUGUACAAGAAGACAUCAGAACUUACUAAGUAUUUCACUUUGAGCUGAGACACUCUAGGUAAAAACAAUAAAGGAAUAGAAAUGUG